AUGCAUCUCCAGGAAGUCAUAUUCGCGGCGACCGCAUCUUCUUCUGGACAGGGGACCCUUGCUCUACACAAUAUACAAACAGGAACAUCGCUGGCGUCGUUCAAACAGACAAAUGCAGCGAGACACUGUACCGCGGUUGUGGAGUCUGGGAACGGACAGGGAGGUUUCAUGCUUGUUGCUCAGCAGGACAAGUCCAUAUUGAACGUUUACAAUUUCCAAAAGGACCAAUUAGCACUCAAGAUAGUACUACCGGAAAAACUUUCUUGCCUUGCGAUAGACCCUCGAGGCGAAUUCUGUGCGGGUGCAACCGCUCAAGGUCGUGUGUAUCUGUGGGAGGUGGCUUCAGGAAUACUGUACAACGCAUGGGACGCCCACUAUCGUCGCGUAACCGUGCUGAAAUUCACCCACGAUAGCGCUGCACUUAUCUCUGGCAGCGAAGAUUCUGGGGUCAGCGUUUGGUCCGUGUCGAGAUUGCUACAUGACGAUCACCAAAAUGAACUUCCAUUGCCGUAUUGCACCUUCUCGGAUCAUACGCUCCCAGUCACGGAUAUUAUCUGCGGCGUGGGCCUCUUCCCCACGUGUAGAGUCCUCACCUCAUCAAAAGACCACUCUGUCAAACUGUGGGAUGUCGCGUCCAAAUCCCUUCUUACCACAUUCCAAUUCCCGCAACCUAUCUCUUGCCUUGCCUGGGACAUCACGGAACGCGUGUUUUUCGCUGGCUCUGAAGACGGCUCGAUACACCAAAUGAAUCUGUUUCGAGCGUCAACCGCCGAGGCCAUCGGGGGCGCCGGUUUGACCGGUAUAAUCCGCGUGGAAGACGAGUCGCGACUCAUUUCCGUGAAUCAGCCUCUGUCCUGUCUCGCCAUAUCCCUGACUUCGUCGCUACUGCUCGCUGGGACUGCCACUGGCCACAUUAAUGUGUAUGAUAUUGCGUCUCACCAGCUUGUACGAGCUAUCAACUCGCACAUCGGAAGUGCUGUAAAUCACCUCGCGACGAUGCUCAAGCCCCUCGAUUUGAUCGGUGCCGCGUCGAUUAAUGAUAUUCGGGACGUCGUUCCUGUGAAGCCUGUGUCUCCAUUCCAGAGGACCCGGGAUGCGAAGGCGAGAAACGCACACGAAGCCUCGAUUUUACUGCCAACUCAUGACUUGACUCCACAAUCCGGGCCUUCGGAAUACACGCAUGAGGAACUGCUACGAGACCAUGCGUUCUUCGUUCAACCAACAACCCCCUCGAGUGUACCCGGAGUUCCCGUGCAAAAGGUGGCAGACCUCGAGGCUGAAAUCAAGUUACUCAAGGAGCAGCUUGGGAAAGCAAAACAUAUCAACGACACGAUGUGGGACACGGUCGUACGGCGCGCUAUCAACGGUAAGGCAUCCGGUAUUAAAACAGCAUCAGGUGACAACGCUGCAAUGGAGAUAGAUGGGUAA